UCGGUUCUGACACGGUUUUUCAACAUGGAAGCGUCCACAGAGAGUGAACUGUGAAGGAGACUAGUUUCUCCGACCCUCGUCGUCUUAAAUGGUCAGUGUGAUGGUUCGGCCAUGAAGUGUUCCCGCUGCCUGCUCCAGCUGCAGUGUGUCAGCCUGGUGGGCCAUUCAGCCCGGUCUGCUGCCCGGUGUGGUGCUCUGCUUCAGACAGCCUCCUCCAGUCAGCCCAGCGUGCUGCAUAACGCCCAGCACCAGGUGUUGAGGCUUUUCCACACCAGCCCAGCUUGUGCCAAGAGUGAGCACAUACCUGCAGAGUUUGAUCAUGAGAACAACAAGAAGAGGGACAAGUCUCUGAUCACCCACGAUGACCUGUUUGAGCGGGUGGCCCAGGAGGCCAAAACCAAAGCCACGUUCAAUAAGGUGGUGGAUGUCUUCACCAAGAGAGACAUCAGACGGCGGGGUCACGUGGAGUUUAUCUACGCUGCUCUGAAGAAGAUGCCGGAGUUCGGCGUGGAGAGAGACCUCGCCGUCUACAACAAGCUUCUGGACGUUUUCCCCAAAGAAGUGUUUGUGCCCAGAAACUUCAUCCAGCGAAUGUUCAACCACUAUCCCCGACAGCAGGAGUGUGGAGUGCAGCUACUGGAGCAGAUGGAGAACUACGGUAUCAUGCCCAACGUGACGACCAAAGUCCUGCUGGUCCAGAUCUUUGGAGAGAAGAGCCACCCCAUGAGGAAGUACCAGCGCAUCAUGUACUGGUUCCCCAAGUUCAAGCACAUAAACCCCUUCCCGGUCCCCCAGCAGCUGCCGGAGGACCCGGUGGACCUGGCUCGCUUCAGCCUCAACCGCAUCGCUAACGACCUGGACGCAAAAGUCACCAUCUACCAGCUGCCCUGCACAGAUGUCACAGAGAGCGGCCAAGAGAUAAAACUUCCACAUAUAGUAGGGAUCCAGAGCCCCGACCAGAUGGAGCUGCUGGCCAAGCACAACCCGAGCAGGCCGGUGUUUGUGGAGGGCCCCUUCCCUCUGUGGCUGAGGAGGACGUGUGUGUACUACUACGUCCUCAGAGCCGACCCCACACCGCCCGAGGAGAAGGUUGAGGAGCCCUAUGAUCCAGAGAGAUGUCUUGACUAUCCUCUGCAGCUGGACCUGGAUCUGGACCGUGACCUUGGAGACGAUGAGAGCUUCGAUGUAGAAGACUUGGACGAGGGUCCGGUCUUUGCCAUGUGUAUGACCAGUCAGGGAGACCAGGCCACCCUUAACCAGUGGAUCUCCGGCCUCCAGCAGAACAACCCCGUCCUGGGUCAGGUCCCCACUGUGUUUCGUCUGGACACUGGGCCCCGGGAGCUGCAGGGGCCGGCUGAUGUAGAGUCGGGCCACACCCGCAGGCCUGAACCAGAGACCCAGACCCAGGAGGGGCCGCCUGAGGAAGAAUCUGAGGAGGAGGAGCUGAGGAGGAGCCAGAGGAUGAAGUAGUGAACAUUCAGACUGUGGUUAAAGACUGACAAAGAAAUCAUGACAUACUGUCUUAGAGGUAAAUGUCCAGGCUAGUUAGUUGGGUUAACUAGUCUGAGGUUAAUUGAACUAGGCAACACACCGACUCAGCUGAACCUGAGGACUCUUACUAAUGUUGAUAAAGUUCAGGAGUCAAAUAAAUGACAUGAAAACUAA